UCUAUUAGGCAUGUGUAGGUAUGAGAUCACGUGUGCCAUGAAACCACAUUCAAUUUGGUUGUUUUGAUCUGCGCCCAGAAAAAAAAAACAAAUCAUUCUCUCUGUGGCAGAAUGGCACCUUUCAGAAGGCCAAAGCGAAAAAUUGACAACUGUUCGUACGUGCAACAGUUAUUCAAAAACUUUUUGGACAAUAAUCGCGCCAAGAAAGUGCCUGAAGUGUUUCCCCAUGCAGUUUCGCGACCAGUUCAACGUUUUCCCAUUGAAAAUGGAGGUACCGUGAGUGACAAUUUGUUUCGACAAGGUGUUAAACGAAAUCUUAUGAAAGCGCAAACAAUUCCCGAUCCGACUAAUCCAGUGAAACAAUUUUUCGCCAAUCCUGGGGCAAACGUGCAGCCGGUGGGUAAUAAACAUCUCGCAAACCAACCGGUACAUGCUCGAUUCAAGCGCCACGAAGGAUCCGAUCAGUUUGUGAAGAGUGAAAUAAGCCCCAGUGCACCGCCACGUGGCCUUGCGCAGUGGCUUAGCAUGCGCAAGAAAACCGCCGAUGAACAGCGACUGUCGAACCACCAGCGGGAGAAUAAGAAGAAAGCGUGUGAAUACAUGGAACUGCCUAGCAAUUUCUUUUCCGGUAGGGAGAGUUUGAAACUGCCUUUUGAAGCCCCUAAAAACGCUGACAAAACAAUGAUGAGUGUCGGGUCGACGACGUUCAUCCCGCCCGCUACAUCUACUCCCUUCGAAGGAGAGCCAGUAGUAAAUUCUCCCAUACUUUCUGAUCCAUUCGUUGAACUGCCGCGACAAGAAAGCAAAACUGAUAGCAGUAUGAAAACUCCGGAAGACGAUCGAAUGGAAGACCUUCGAAUGGUCGGAACUACAUUGGAGCAGUUCUGUGCGUCAUUCGAUGCAAAAGAUUUUUCCCCUGUCGAACAGAACUAUCGCGCCUUACGCCAACUAUGGCAUGAACAAUGUGCGAAGCAACCUACAGUUUCUGAAACAACAACCGUGGAAUCUCUCUCACAAACGGUGAAAGAUCGGAGCAGCUGGAAAGACCAUUCAUUGAUCAGUAAUCAGAUCUAUCAUGCCCGUCUUCAGCAAUCUGCAGUAGUAGCACCAUCAGAACCUUCUAUAUUUGACGCAACUACAACGCAUUACAACGUUACUGCGACAACGGAUGCUCAGCCGGGGCUCGCUACCAACAGCAGCUCGUUUCUGCGGGUUUGUUUGCCGAACUCAAGAAAACGAAAGAUCGUGGAUACGUUACUGACUGCAUCUCCACCCUCGCCUCCAAGUAUCCUAAUCGAGGCUUUCAACGAGAACUUUUCCCUCGAAGAUGACGACCUGGAAGAAGUCCCCGACGAUACGCUACAGCUCGACUUUGAUUUCACACAACCGUCCAAGCGUACGUUUGAUGAAUUCUUGACCUUCGAUGACACCCGACCGGAAGAAUCGUUUUGCUUUUUCCCACCCACUCCGGAUAAAACUCUCUGCAGUUCUAACGAUGAUGCGUCGUUCUUUAUCGCGGAGAAGCCUCGAA